UACCAAAACAGGUUCCUGGGCCUGGCAGCCAUGGCGUCUCCAUCUAGGAACUCACAAAAUCGGCGCCGGUGCAAAGAGCCUCUCAGAUACAGCUAUAACCCUGACCAGUUCCAUAACAUGGACAUCAGGAACAAUGCCCAUGAGACGGUCACCAUUCCUAGGUCAACCAGUGACACGGACCUUGUCACUUCAGACAGCCGGUCCACUCUGAUGGUCAGCAGCUCCUACUACUCCAUCGGGCAUUCCCAGGACCUAGUGAUAUACUGGGAUAUAAAGGAGGAAGUGGAUGCAGGGGACUGGAUUGGCAUGUAUCUCAUAGAUGAGGUCUUGUCUGAAAACUUUUUGGACUACAAGAACCGUGGUGUCAAUGGCUCUCACCGUGGUCAGAUUAUCUGGAAGAUUGAUGCCAGCUCUUACUUUGUUGAGCCUGAAACAAAGAUCUGCUUCAAAUACUACCAUGGCGUGAGUGGGGCACUACGAGCCACAACUCCAAGUGUCACAGUGAAAAACAAUGCAGCUCCUAUCUUUAAAAGCAUCACGAAUGAAGAUUCAAUCCAGGGACAAGGAAGUCGGAGACUGAUAAGUUUUUCAUUGUCAGAUUUCCAAGCUUUUGGUCUGAAGAAAGGAAUGUUCUUCAAUCCAGAUCCUUACCUGAAGAUUUCCAUCCAGCCUGGAAAACAUAGCAUCUUCCCAGCCCUUCCUCAUCAUGGACAGGAGAAGAGAUCUAAGAUCAUAUGUAAUACUGUUAACCCAGUCUGGCAAGGAGAGCAAUUCAGCUUUGUCUCCCUGCCCACGGAUGUCCUGGAAAUUGAAGUUAAAGACAAAUUUGCAAAGAGCCGACCGAUCAUCAAGCGUUUCCUGGGAAAACUCUCCAUGCCAGUUCAACGCCUCUUGGAAAGACAUGCCAUAGGGGACAGGGUUGUAAGCUACACUCUGGGUCGCAGGCUUCCUACAGAUCAUGUCAGUGGCCAGCUGCAGUUCCGAUUUGAGAUAACUUCUUCCAUCCAUCCAGAUGACGAAGAGGUUUCUAUUAGCGCUGAUCCUGAGCCAGCUGACCUCCAGGAAAGCCCUGUGAACAACCCCACAGAGGAAAGCCUCGGUGAGCCUCCAUGCCUCAACACGGUGACCUCAGAAAGUACAGCUCCAGAACAGCUAAAUGGAUACAGUGUGAACAGUGUCGAUAGCCCAGGGGCUGUCAGACCACCUGGGGAAGUCAACCAGAACAGCUUAAACGAAGAGCUAGCAGGAGAUGGGGAGGUUGAUGCAGUUCCAGUUCCCGAGACCGUGGAAUCCGUGCCAGAAGUGCUGCGUUCUUUGAGUGCCACGGACCUGAUGGAGCAGCUGACUCUGCUGGCCUGCGUGUCUCCCCCUGAGACUGAAGUUAGGGAACAUAACCAAGUCAGUUCUGCUACUCAGGGAGAGGAUGGAGUCUUGACCAGCGUAGAAGCGUUAGAUACCGGCGAGGUGAGUGCAGAAGUGCAUGCUGGCAAGGACCUAGAGAAGGGUCAGGAAGAAGAAGAAGGGGCUUCAGCCCAGGAGGCGGCAGACAACAGGCUGCAGCUGAGGAGCACAGCGAAGAGGAAAAACCGGCCGUGCUCUCUGCCGGUGUCCGAGCUGGAGACGGUGAUCGCGGCGGCCUGCGGCGAGCCCGAGACCCCUCGCACGCACUACAUCCGCAUCCACAACCUGCUCCACAGCCUGCCCUCAGCACGGGGCGGCAGUGACGGCGAGGAGGACCAGGGCGGCGGCAACGGUGGAGACACCGAGGAGGAGUCUACAGUCAAGGAGGCGCCGGAGAAGGAGGGGGUCAGUGAGAGCGAGACGGUGGCCGCAGAGCCUCCUCUGGAAAACGAUGCUGAGGAGAACUUCAGCCAGAGCACGGUACCUCCCGAGACCUUGGAUGAGCAACUCUCUGACUUACAUGAUGGGCUGUUGGAUGGGGAGCACCCCAGGCCAGCAAGCGAGAGCGAGUCGAGCUCCAGGGCCAAUGGCGACAACGACUGUGAGACGUGUGACACCUCCUGCUACAGCCCGUCUUGCUACAGCACCUCCUGCUACAGCACCUCCUGCUACAGCACCUCCUGUUACGACAGUAACAACCGCUUCUCCAGCCACACCCGCUUCUCCUCGGUCGACAGUGCAAAGAUUUCUGAGAGCACGGUCUUCUCCUCACAGGAUGAUGAUGAGGAGGAGAACAGCGCUUUUGAGUCAGUGCCAGAUUCAGUGCAGAGCCCUGAGCUGGACAGGGAGCAAGUGGAUGGCUCCUCCCAGUGGCCAGAUGAACUAGUAGCUCAUGGUGGGAAUCCACAAAGAGCCACAGAGGGUCUAGACACCCCAGUAGCAGGUCCAAGCAGCAGAAGAGAAGGUGAUUGUCCUUUACUCCAUAAUUCUCAGCCAGUCAGCCAGCUUCCUUCUCUGAGGCCUGACCAUCAUCACUACCCAACUAUCGAUGAGCCUCUUCCACCAAAUUGGGAAGCUCGGAUAGACAGCCACGGGAGGGUGUUCUACGUUGACCACGUCAACCGAACCACCACGUGGCAGCGCCCUACAACUGCAGCAACACCCGACGGGAUCCACAGAUCUGGCUCCGUCCAGCAAACCACUGGACCCGCCGGUGAGCACUUGAACCGCAGAUACCAAAAUAUCCAGCGAACUAUUGCAACAGAGCGGACUGAAGAUGAUGCUGUAGUAAACAACAGGGGGGAGAGAGUUCCCACUGGAGGAGGAAGUGAUUCUGAGGCAGAGCCUUCCCAGCCAACCUCAGAGAUUAGGAGGGAAGGUUCCCUUUCUCCUGUGAAUUCUCAAAAAAUCACCUUGUUGCUGCAGUCUCCAGCUGUGAAGUUCAUCACCAAUCCUGAGUUCUUUACUGUGCUGCAUGCAAACUAUAGUGCCUAUCGAGUCUUCACUAACAGCACCUGCCUGAAGCAUAUGAUUCUGAAGAUUCGUAGAGAUGCUCGUAAUUUUGAGCGCUAUCAGCACAACAGAGACCUGGUAAAUUUUAUCAACAUGUUUGCUGAUACCCGACUGGAGCUUCCACGUGGCUGGGAGAUAAAAACUGACCAGCAGGGCAAGUCUUUCUUCGUUGACCACAACAGCCGUGCUACCACUUUCAUAGACCCCAGGAUCCCACUGCAGAACGGUCGUCUCCCGAAUCACCUGACGCACCGGCAGCAUCUCCAGCGGCUCCGAAGCUACAGCGCUGGAGAGGCCUCUGAAGUCUCUCGAAACAGAGGAGUUACUCUGUUGGCCAGGCCAGGCAAUAGCCUGGUAACAGCAAUUCGAAACCAGCACCAUCAGGAGGCAUUACCUCUGGCUUACAAUGACAAGAUCGUUGCGUUUCUACGCCAACCCAACAUUUUUGAGAUGCUGCAGGAGCGUCAGCCCAGCUUGGCUAGAAACCAUGCACUCAGGGAGAAGAUCCAUUACAUUCGGACAGAGGGUACACAUGGGCUUGAGAAGUUGUCCUGUGAUGCAGAUUUAGUAAUUUUGUUGAGCCUUUUUGAAGAGGAUAUUAUGUCCUACAUACCACUGCAGGCUGCCUUCCAUCCUGGUUACAGUUUCUCUCCUCGCUGCUCACCCUGUUCAUCACCCCAAAAUUCUCCAGGAGGCACAGAGAUCAAAAAUGAUCCAUAUGGAAGAAGGUUAAUCAUACGACGUGACCACUUGCUGGAGGGCACCUUCAACCAGGUAAUGGCCUAUUCACGCAAGGAGCUCCAGCGGAACAAACUCUACGUCACGUUUGUUGGCGAGGAAGGGUUGGACUACAGUGGCCCCUCCCGAGAAUUCUUCUUCCUUCUGUCUCAGGAGCUCUUCAAUCCCUAUUAUGGGCUGUUUGAGUAUUCAGCCAAUGACACUUACACUGUACAGAUCAGUCCCAUGUCUGCCUUUGUUGAAAAUCACCUGGAAUGGUUCAGGUUCAGUGGUCGUAUUCUUGGCCUUGCUCUCAUUCAUCAGUACCUGCUGGAUGCUUUCUUCACAAGGCCGUUCUACAAAGCACUACUAAGGCUGCCGUGUGAUUUAAGCGACCUAGAGUACCUGGAUGAAGAGUUCCAUCAGAGCUUGCAGUGGAUGAAGGAUAACAACAUCACUGAUAUCCUGGAUCUCACCUUCACAGUGAACGAGGAGGUGUUUGGACAGGUGACAGAGAGAGAGUUGAAAUCUGGAGGGGCAAAUACAGCAGUGACAGAAAAGAACAAGAAAGAGUACAUUGAGAGGAUGGUGAAGUGGCGAGUGGAACGAGGAGUGGUUCAGCAAACAGAGGCCCUGGUCCGUGGCUUCUACGAAGUUGUAUGGCUUGCGCUUGUCUCUGUUUUUGAUGCCAGGGAACUGGAACUGGUUAUAGCUGGCACUGCAGAAAUAGAUCUCAAUGACUGGCGUAACAACACAGAGUAUCGUGGAGGUUACCAUGAUGGACACAUAGUAAUACGGUGGUUCUGGGCAGCAGUGGAGAGAUUUAACAACGAGCAGAGGCUGCGGCUGUUGCAGUUUGUCACGGGAACAUCAAGUGUGCCCUACGAGGGCUUUGCAGCUCUCCGAGGGAGCAACGGGCUGCGGCGCUUCUGUAUAGAGAAGUGGGGGAAAAUAACCUCCCUCCCAAGGGCACACACCUGUUUCAACCGUUUGGAUCUUCCACCUUACCCCUCCUAUUCUAUGCUGUAUGAAAAGCUGCUCACAGCUGUUGAAGAAACUAGCACCUUUGGACUUGAAUGAGGAGGCUCAGGCACUUCUGGUGUUUUUCUGGCUGGUGAUGUCACCUUCCCUCUCCACCAUCAUUUGAUCUUGGUUUCCCAUGUUUUUAUUUUUGAAAACAAAACAAAACAAAUCAAGAUUGACAAAAGCUGUGCAUGAAGAACUGCCACCCUCUAAGAUCUAACCUUCAUGCUUUCAUCCUCUGUUUCCAAUGGACUGCUAGUCUGUAUGCAAUAGAAAAACAACUGUCUCAAGGUUUCUGUAUAUCUCUACAUACCUCCAUUAAUAACAAUGAAAAUACAAAUGCAAGUUACACUACACUUGACCAAAUGUUAAUAAAUGUUUACUUCCACCUACGUUGAUUAAAAAAUAAAAAAAAACCUCAUCAAGCA